GACGCUAGUCCAGAAUGGCUACCCUGAUUUUUGUUGAUAAGGGAAAUGGAGAACCAGGCACCCGUGUGGCUCCCAAGGACGGGCUAAAGCCGGGGUCUAGGCCUCUAGUCAAAGCUUUAGAUGGGAGAUCUCAGGUUUCAACACCACAUGUAGGCAAAAUGUUUGAUGCUCAAGCAGUCUUACCUAAAGUUGCCAGAAAGUCUUUGGGAACUGUCAACAGAGCCACAGAAAACUCAGUAAAGACUAAUGGAUCUCUCAAACAGAAGCAGCCGACCUUCUCUGCCAAAAAGGUGACUGAGAAGACUAUCAAAGCAAAAAGCUCUGUUCCUGCCUCGGAUGACACCUAUCCAGAAAUAGAAAAAUUAUUUCCCUUCAAUCCUUUAGAUUUUGAGAGUUUUGACCUGCCUGAAGAGCACCAGAUUGCACGCCUCCCCUUGAGUGGAGUGCCUCUCAUGAUCCUUGAUGAGGAGACGGAACUCGAGAAGCUGUUGCACCUGGGCCCCCCUUCACCUCUGAAGAUGCCCUCUCCACCAUGGGAGUCGAAUCUGUUGCAGUCUCCAAGCAUUCUGUCGACCCUGGAUGUUGAAUUGCCACCUAUUUGCUAUGACUUAGAUAUUUAAAUUUCUUAGCACUCAGUAGUUUGUGUGUAUGUUUUGUAUUAAUAAAGCAAUUCCUUAACAGA